ACACUUUUUCAAACUAGCCGUUAAGCUAAGCUUCCUUACCUUACCUUUCUCUCUAUCUCUUCUCUUCCAAUAAGCACUGCGAAUGACAACCUCGUUGGAGACACCAGUUUCUCCUCUCCACCUCGACAACAGCCAGGAGGGCACGAGCGUGAUGGGUUCUUGUUCUUCUCCUCUGCUGAGCCCUUCCUCUGAUAAACGUUUCUGGAGCACUCUCAGGAGCAGGAUCGACACGCUCCUUGAUGCUCGUCAAUCCGAAACCUCAACUCACUCUCCUACGAAUGUAGAAGGCAACAACCGGUUGAAGGAAGAUUCGAUGUUGCUGAUGAGAGGGUUUGACUCAGUUGCCCACACUCUCUCUCUGUUGUCCAAUAAUUUGGACAAUGCCCUACAGGGUGCUAGAGAAUUGGCGAAUCCACCCACAUUAACUGACAUAUUUCACAGCAAAAAUGACAAGGUAGAAAACAAAGAGGAUUCGAGAGAGAAACAGAAAGAGGAGGAGGAGUCAAAGCAAGGAAUGAAAAGAAAAUUUGACCCUAAUGAUGUCUCUGAAGAGGAUGCCGUUGACUCACAAAAGGAGGAGAAUGGGAAAAAAUUGAUGGAUAAGAACAUCAAGAGAGCAAAAAAUCUUGCGGUUUCAAUGGCGACGAAAGCGGGUUCACUUGCAAGAGAAUUGAAGUCCAUUAAAUCAGAUCUAUGUUUUAUGCAAGAAAGGUGUAGUUUGCUUGAAGAGGAGAACAGGAGACUGCGUGAUGGAUUUGCAAAAGGAGUUAGACCUGAAGAAGAGGAUCUGGUGAGGCUUCAGCUGGAAGCACUUCUUGCCGAGAAAUCCAGACUGGCCAAUGAAAACGCGAAUCUGGUCAGAGAAAAUCAAUGCCUUCAUCAGCUUGUGGAGUACCACCAACUUGCCUCGCAAGAUCUCUCUGAUGAGUCAUAUGAUGAGCAUGCUAUUCAGGGAAUGUACUUAGACUUCUCGUCUCCGCCCCCAACAAUUGCUGAAGAGACAAGGGAUGAAGAUGGUGAUGAAAAUGGAAGAGCCACACACACCCAGGAACGAUAUCUGCAAGUUCUCUGACUCGCUUAAUGAUGGAGAAGAGUAAACUGAAAAUGGAGAACCAAACACACCCUAAACGACGAUAUCUACAAGUUUUGUGCUUCUCUUGAAGGAGAGAGAGGAGUAAACCAAAAAUAUUAGGCACCAUCAUAACAACCCUUGUAAUGAUGCUGCUAAUACUCCUAGUUUCUGCCAAAAAUAAAUUCUUUUCUGAUCUAAAUAUAGUGUCCAUCAUUGUUCAUAAAUACUAUACAUUUAUGCUCGUAAUAAUGUGAUAAUUGAAAUUAAGAAUUCUGAA